AUGUCGUCGUCGUCGUCGUCACAACAAGACACCGUGCUCAAUCCCGAAUACAUCGCCGAGCAUAACAUCAACGGUCGUCUCAUUUUCGAAAGCUCCAAUUCACUACGCGAGAUGAUGGCCAUCUAUGAAAGAUUGGCUAAUAAUGGCAACGCCGAAGCCGUUCGCAGCUAUCUCACCGAUGUGUUCGGAACCACACAAUUCUCAGCGUCGAAAAUCAGCGCCAGCCAAUUGCCCAGAAUGAAGCCGACCGACGCAGAUAAAGAAACGCAAUGCCCGGUUUGCCUCGAGCUUCUCACCAAUCCAAGCCCGUCGACGGACCAACAGAAAAAUGUCGAGCAAAGUGAGCCGAAAAUCGAGAACAUCGUCCGCCUUCCCUGUGAUCACAAAUAUCAUGAGGAAUGCAUUAUGAUGUGGCUCAAUAACACCAACACUUGUCCAACUUGUCGCCACAAGCUAAAAUCCGAUUUCGAAAUCGAGGAGGAGCGCCGAAAGGCCGAUUUGGAGGAGCUCCAUGAUUCAAUGUUCUCAUAA